CUUCUGCCCGCCGCAGUACGACUCGUACCACUUCGUCAAUAGCACGGAGACCAAGCACGGGCUGUGCGUGUACUACGAGCGCGGACGCGACGCCGGCUACCCGGCCCAGUUCAACACCGUCCAAGUGCUCUUCCACUAUGUCUCCGACGAUGUCCUGCAGAUCAAGAUAUUCGACGCGGAACACAAGAGGUUCGAGUCCCCGUACCCCGAGGUGCCGAUGGUGUCGGGCCCCAUCUCUCAGCUCAAGUACCGCGUGCAGGUCGACAGCUCGGCUGUAGGCUUCAAGGUCAUACGGAACUCCGAUAACGUUACUCUAAUGGACACACAGAAUGUGGGAGGUUUGAUUCUAUCGGAUAAAUUCCUGCAAAUAUCGUCUCUGUUGCCGUCGGAGCACAUAUACGGUUUGGGGGAGAAGCAAGCCGCUUUCUUGAACGAUCUCAACUGGAAGACGAUCACGUUGUUCAAUAGAGACAUCGCGCCUACGGAAAACGUGAAUCUGUACGGAUCGCAGCCGUUCUACUUGUCUCUGGAGCGCAGCGGCCGCAGUCACGGCGUGCUGCUUCUCAACACUAACGCAAUGGACAUAGUGCUGCAGCCGACCCCCGCCAUAACGUACCGCGCUCUGGGAGGAAUACUGGACUUCACGGUGUUCCUUGGCCCCACUCCUCAGGACGUGGUGGCCCAGUACACUGCGAGGGUGGGCCGCCCCUUCAUGCCGCCCUACUGGUCGCUCGGCUUCCAUCUAUGCAAGUACAAUUAUGGCAGCCUCAAUGUGACCAGAGAAGUUAUGGAAAGCAACAGAAAAGUGAUACCUCUUGAUGUGCAAUGGAACGAUCUCGACUACAUGGGCACCGCUAACGACUUUUCCUACGAUAAGGACAAGUUCGCCGGCCUUCCGCAGUUCGUUGCACAGUUGCAUGACAAGGGGAUGCAUUAUGUCAUACUAUUAGACCCUGGUGUGAGUGCAUCAGAGAAGGCCGGCGAAUAUCCCCCCUUCGACCGCGGCCUGGAAAUGGAUAUAUUCAUCAAGAACUCUUCCGACCAACCCUUUGUCGGCAAGGUAUGGAAUCCAGUAUCGACGGUGUGGCCUGACUUCACCCACCCCAAGGCGUUCGACUACUGGCGCGACAUGAUGAUGGACUUCCAUGAGAAGGUCAAGUACGACGGCGUUUGGAUUGAUAUGAAUGAGCCGUCGAACUUCCUCUCGGGCUCCAUGUACGGGGACUGCGAGGCGGAGGAGCUGCCCUACAAGCCGGUGGCGGUGCCCGAGGAGGGGCUCAAGUACAAGACUCUGUGCAUGGACGCCAAGCACUACGGCGCGAGACACUAUGACGUGCACAAUGUGUAUGCGCUGGCCGAAGCCAUUGUGACUCACCAGGCACUGUCCGAUGUUCGUGAUAAGCGACCCUUCAUAAUAUCCCGGGCGUCGUUCCCGAGCCUUGGGCGCUGGGCGGGGCAUUGGAGCGGGGACGUGUUCAGCCGGUGGCAUGACAUGCGCAUGUCCAUACCAGCAUUGCUGAGCUUCAGCAUAUUCGGCGUGCCGAUGAUGGGCACGGACAUCUGCGGGUUCAACGAGGACACCACAGUAGAGCUGUGCAAACGUUGGAUGCAGCUGGGCGCCUUCUACCCCUUCUCACGGAACCACAACACUAUCAACGCUAGGCCUCAAGACCCAGUGAGCCUGGGGCCCGAGGUGGUGGCGGCGAGUCGCAGCGCCCUGCUGAUGCGCUACCGCCUGCUGCCCUACUACUACACGCUGUUCUGGCGGGCGCACUUGUACGGCGACACUGUGGCCAGGCCGAUGUUCUUUGAAUUCCCAUCAAUCAAGGCGGUGUACGCAAUAGACACGCAGUUCCUCAUAGGCGCGAACGUUCUCAUAUCCGCCAUACUGACGGAGGGCGCCAACACGACGCGCGCGCUGUUCCCGGGACCUGACCCGUGGUACAGCUUCGCUGAUGGACGGGAACUGGCCACCAAUGACACCUUGGACAUCGGGGAUACCGACAUUGUCUCUAUCAGGGGCGGUGCCAUCCUGCCAUUGCAAGAGCCGCCUGCCAAAGGUCCCGUGAACACGGCGAUAACUCGCAGCGCGCCCUUGCAACUCCUGGUGGUGCCGGACUCCAGCGGCGGCGCUAAAGGAGAACUGUACUGGGACGAUGGAGACAGCAUCAAUACUUAUGAAGAGAAGAAAUACAGGCACAUCGAGUUCGAAGUCAAAGACAACCAGCUGACCAGCGUAGUGCAGUGGUGGGGAUACGGGGUACCCUCCAUCAACACCAUCACCAUCCUCGGCCAAAACCCCAUCAGCACUGUCAAAGUGAAUGACGUCACUACCAACUUCACCUACAACAAACACAAAGUGUUGACGAUCGCUGGCAUCAACCUGGGUUGCCACACUUGUGGCUCGAAAGGAUGCAACCGGCAUGAUCCGGAAAUGUCUGCAGAGCCAUGGACUGGCCUGCAUAUACAUAAACAGUUGGACCAGGCUAUAGAAGAUUUUUAUAAUACAAUUUUAGAACAAUUUAUUAACACAUGGUACAGCAAGAUAACACUGCAGCCAUUCUUUGUUGAUGAGUUACGUCAUCAACUUAGAUAUGCUUCUGCCUGUUUGAUUAGGCGGGCCCUUAAGAUAAACUACUCGCAGUUUAUCUGCUCGCGACUCGUGCCGUGUGCGUUGCGGCACUAUUCGGUGUGGUCUAGCGGCGCGCGGCCUGCGCUGCACGUGGCGGCGAGUAACCGCACCGCCGAGUUGCGCUACCUGCGAUGUGUCACCGAAUCCUUGCUGCCUCAUCUGUUGAGGAGUGUGGAGUGCCAGAAUACAGUGUUCCGCGUGCUGAUCAGAGAGAUAUUCGCGGGCUGGGUGCUGCUGUCGUUGACGGACGUGCUCGCGGACCCCUACAUACUGAACACUCUCAUAGUGCUGGCCACCGGCGACGAGACCAUGGCCAAUCUGCCCGCCACGCCCAAUUAUAAGGUAGAAUUUCUAGAGAACUUCGUCCGUCAAACGGAGUCCGUAUACGGUGCGCGCGCGAAGCUUCUGCGCAUAGACCUGGAGCUGCUUCUGAACAACCAGGAACACUUCUAUGCACUGCUGCACCACUUGAAGACCACCACCGACAUAUACCUGCUGCAGUUCUAUAAGGAUAUCAAAUCAUUCCAGACUCGAAUAUUAAAUCCGGAACUAACUUCAGAGGAGAAGCAGUCUUUAUAUCAAGAAGCUCGGGAAUUGUUCUCUAGGUACAUGUCAUCAGAGGUACCCCGGGUUGAGCUGCCUGAUGCUUUGCUGGCUGAACUAGAAGAGCUGUUAGAGGCAGGCCCUGAGGGUGUUACAAGAUUGCAGACCAGUCGAGCUUUGUACCAAGCGGCGCGACAGUCGCACUCGGCUUUAGAAAAAAUAAUGUUGCCCAAAUUCUUACACAGUGAAGAGUUUUACAAAUUGUAUAUAGGGCCUAGGAUACCCAUCGGAUACCAGAAACAGAUGACAAAAAGACCGCAAGACAAACUGAACAUGUUAAAACUGGGCCUCAAACUAAAGAACGUUCUAAAACCGCAAGUGAUAGACGGACAGAUACUUGAGUCCAUUGGUGCGGAGCUGGAAGACGGCGAGAGUUUGGACAAUGUGGAUAUUCUGAAGUAUUUGGACUCAUUGGCAGCUGAUGAUACGAUGGACCAAGAUUUGAGUGCUUACAAAGUUGUGCUGACUAAUGUGGAAACGAGAUUGCAACCCCCGCCCCGGCGCGGCUCGGUGCGCGUGUUCACGCUGACGGUGCACCGCGUGCGCGAGGCGCUGCCGCCCGCGCUGUUCAGCGUGGAGCGCUCCGAGCACGACUUCCACCUGCUGCGCGGUAAGCUGCAGGAGUUCCACGGCGACGCGCUGCUGGCGGACCUGCCGCUGCCUUCUAGACGUGAUAACAGCCCAUUAGAAACUCUACGGUACAAAUAUGAGGACUUUCUGCAGCGGCUCAUACAGAUAAACCUUCUCCAGACCAGCGAGCUUGUUCACUUGUUCCUCACCGUGGAUGGUGACUUUUCUAUGUUGGUGCAGGCGUCCACACUGAACGCGGCCGCCUCAGACCUGGGCAACAUCUACCAGUCGGUGGCGCACAAGCUGCGCAAGGAGAAGGGGCAGCACCUGGAGAGCUUCCUGAGGAACUUCCUCAUCUCCUCCGAUAAGGAGCGAUAUCAGGCCCUGAAACAAGGCACAACACGCGACAUCGAGGAGGCGCACGAGGUGGAAGUGGAGGAGACACACCAGCUCACGAAGCGGCCGACCAACGCGCGGAACAUCCGCGGAAGCGUGUUCCAGAACAACUUCGACAUGGAGCCGGUCGUGAUGAGGUGCGACUUGGCGCACCAGGACACCGUCGUCGGCUUCUCGCAGUGCCUUAUGUACAUGUUGUCGAAAGUGAUAAAAGCACGUGCUCUGGUGACGGGGGUCGUGGGCAACUUGGUGGGCAUGUCGCGGAUACUGAUCGACACCGUGUUCAACAUACUUCUGAACAGUUGUUUGUGCAAUCUACUCAAUGAGAGGCGGCUGGCGCAUUUGAUAAGGUUGGGACACGGUAUUCUCUUCGGCAAGAAGUCGUCUCCUCGAACAGAUCCUGGCAAGCAGCGUCAGUUGGCGCGACACCAGCUGUUACUGGCCAUCCCGCCCGCCGCCAGCCUAGCGCUGGGCCCCGGCCUGCCCUCCGCCGCGCUCGUCGCCUUCGAGCUCAUACAGAACCCGCAGCUCAACAAACAGUUGGUGUACAAUUUGCUGGAUCUCUGCAUAAUUGAACUGUUUCCUGAACUGAGUAACACAGAAUCGAAUAUAGAGAACAGUUGAAACGUUCAUAGUUUUUAUUAUUUAUUUAUUUAUUUUGUAUUCAAUAGAGACACAGAUGUUAUUGUACAAAAGAUUUCAUUGACAGUGAAUAGUUUAUUUAUUUGUUAUUUUCCAAAUCCGACAAAAUGUCCUCGAUGGUUCACUCCAAAAUUAGACUAGAAAUUAAACAUUUAAACAUAUCCAAGAUAGAAAGCAUUCAAUAUCACUUGUCUGGUUAUCAGUAAACAUCUCAUCAUAACCAGUUCGUUUCAUGUAGGAUGGUGCGGGUGACAGUUCGUUUCACUCUUGAAAGUUUGCCAAGAUUCACAAUAAUAGUAUGUAUUAUGAACGUCAUACAGACGACUGUCACCAUACCCAUGCUAUCUGAAAAACAUUAUUACCAUCUUUAUUAUUAGCUUAUUAAGCAAGUGAUUCGGAAAAUAAAGACUAUUUAUUUGUAUUAAAUUACACAAAAACAUUAGAUAUUAAUAUUUUAUUAGUUUCAAAUAUUUUAAUGGGCCAUUUUUUACAUUUAUUGUUUUCUCUAUUUCUAGCAGCUGUUUUAUAACUCUAUUAUAAAUUAUGUAGAUUUCUUUAAAUGAAAAUAUGAUAAAUUGAUAGAAUUCUUUUAUUAAUAUAAUCAAAGAUUCAAUCGGUAAAAACUGAGUGGUCCAAGAUUUUUUAGUUACCGUCAAUUUUGUUUUACAUUUUCAAAAAUGUAAAAAUCUUGUUUAUAAUCACAUUCUCUGAAAUUUCAACCAAUUUUUAAUGAAUAUAUUUUGUAUAUUUGGUAGCUAUCGGACGAGGUAGGUAGGUCGUAAAGUAUUUUCACCUUACUUACCCCCCCUUUUAAUUUUGAUCUUAGUAUUUUGUAUGAAAGAAAUUUGUAAGGCAGAAAAAUCUUAUAUAAUAUCAUUUUUAAUGUGGCUUAUUAUAAUGAUAUUACAUGUAAUUAUUGUAUAAGUAUUAUGUCACAAAAUAGAAAUUAUGUUUGUUUUAUUUUUGGGAGCAAUUACUAGUUUGUUAUAAUAAAGCAAUGUUCGUUGGUUGUUUCUAUUAUUUUCGUGAGUAAUUUGUAUUUAAUUGUAAAUAUUUGUAAUAAUGAUAAAUAUAUUUUUGUAAUAGUUUAGUUAUCGGCCUGCGCGCCCGAUCUGUGAUAAAAUCGGGGCCGCGUACUACGAGUACGAAUAUUUGUAACAGGAAUGAUACACCAAAUAAAUUAUUUUCAUAUUU